CAAUUGAUAAACACAUAUUGUCAAUCUAACCCGAUCGAAUCAAUUCCUGGAUUUUCUUUUUUGCUUUGUUUUAAAUACCCGUAUUUAGAAUGCAAAAAAUUCUACCAAUUUUUUUGGUUAUUUUCGCGAUCGUAAUCAAUGUUGAAUGUCGUCCACCGCAAUUACUUUUGCGGCCACAACAACAACAACAACAGGAUCAACAACAACAGCAUCAAAAUCUAGAAAAAUGGCGACAAAAUUUACGACAAACAGCAGAAAAAUUAAUACAAGAUGCACAGAUUGAAAAUGAACAUUUAAAAUCACAAAAUCGUGAAUAUCUAAAUGGUGGCCUAUUGAAAAUAAUUACCAUUUUAAAACAAUUAGAUUAUGAAUUAUCGAAACUAUCGAUUACAAAUGAUCAAAAACAACAACAAAAUAUACGAACAAUAUUGAAAAUAUUGGAAAAAAAAUUAUGUGUUGUAAAACAAAAAUUAGAAAUUGAAAUACAAAAAUUGGAAAGUUUUUCUUGAAAAAUUUU